AUGUCGGCUGCGAAUCAGGGCAAUGCCGGAGGGGAACCCAAAGACGCGGGGGCCUCCCCAGCAGGAGAGGGUACUGGGGGGCCCCGUCCAGGGGCCCCUCGCAGUUCUGCGACGCUUUCUGGGGAGGACUUGUCUACUGCGUACAACUUGGGCCUCCGAAACAACAAUGAAUUAACACAGCAACUUCUUCUUGAUCAGGGCUGGUCGAGGGAAAAGAUCGUCGCCGUCUUCAACCGACUGAAUGAGGCGAGAGCGGGGAUCAUCCGGAAGAAGGGAGAUAGCGUGUGCUGCGUCGUUCGGCCUGCCAACGUUAUCCCUGCCCUGAAGCAGCUCGAUGCGCUCGACUACAAAGUUUACUGUGCCGUUGAGCUAGCGGGAAACACGGGUGUAUGGACAGCAGAUAUACGGAAGAGCACAGGCCUCCAGACCCAUAUUAUCCAACGCGGGGUUCGAAAUCUAUGCGAAAAUUUACAGCUCAUAAAGCCGGUGAAGAGUAUUCAUGUGAAAAACAGAAAGAUGUACAUCUUAGCUCACAUUGAGCCAGCUAAAGAGAUAGCUGGUGGCUCCUUCUACACGAAUGGAGAGUUUAACGAGCAACUUGUAGAGUCUGCCGCUAUAGUGCAGGAAGAGUCAGAGCAGGAGCAACCCGGGUCCAGUUCGUUAGCAGCUACAGCAGGCGAUGCGGGCGGCGCCUGCUUCACAGACGAGGAUAUAUCUCAGUUGGUGGCCACCCUGGAGUGUGAAGACAAAGUUGCGCGAAUUCGUACAGGAACGGAAACAACCUUUGUCUGGAACCAAAGCGAAAACCUGCGGCUGCUCGACAGCGUUCCAUGUAUCGGCUGCCCUCUCGUGGAGGACUGCAGCGCAAAUGGAAAAAUUAAUCCUCGAGAAUGCACCUACCUCUCUCACUGGCUUGGGCUGGACGUAGACAUGGAGGUGCAGGGCGAGGAGGAGGCUGAUGCAUAG